GUACAUUGUUUUUGUACAGGCGCGUUGAUUGAACGUCCAAUUUUUAUCGUCAGACGCUGAUCGCAAUCUGACAUCAUCAUGAAGCUAGUUAGAUUUCUUAUGAAGCUCAGUCAUGAGACUGUCACUAUUGAACUCAAGAAUGGAACCCAAGUGCAUGGGACAAUCACAGGUGUUGAUGUUAGCAUGAACACUCACUUAAAAUCUGUCAAACUCACGCCAAAGAACAGAGAAACACAGCAGCUGGAAUCACUCAGUAUCCGUGGCAACAACAUCCGGUACUACAUCCUUCCCGACAGUCUUCCCCUUGAUCAGCUCCUUGUAGACGACACACCCAAGGCCAGGAUGAGGAAGAAGCAGCAAUCAUCAAUGGGAGGUCGAGGUCGUGGACGAGGAGGACGUGGAGGUCGAGGAGGUCGUGGGCGUGGUAGGGGUCGUGGUGGUGGUGGCGGUGGAGGAGAGAGAGGUGGAAGGAGAUAAACCCAGCGCUUUUCAUCUUGUCCGCAUCUUUUGUGUAAAACUGUUGUAUAUGGUUCGUAGUGUUCUAUCCCUACUGUUUCCAAUCAAACACUGUUUAUAAAUAUUUUCUGUACAGAAUGUGAACCUGUGAAAUCUCGACAGUGAAAAGUGAGGGGUAGAAAUCAGUCAUUAUUGAAAAGCUGUUAUGGAGCCUUUUCAUUCAUUCACCAGAGUUCAAAGGUUAUUUAACUAUUAAAUCAAUAUGACGGAGAAACUUGCAGGAGUGAAAGAUUUUCAGGAUUGUGUAAACAUAUGGACUUCUUAUUGCACAUGACACGUGAUCCUUCUUUGUGAUUUGAUUUGUUCUUGUAAAGAAUGAGUCAUAACAGUACUUAUAAAACUGUGUUCUUACUCGUAAGGAUGAGAUAUGACUGUAAUUGUAAAGUUGAUAAAUGCCAUACCUUUCUUUAGGAUACCAUGAUGUCGCUGACGAAGAAAUUCAUGCCAUUAAAUAAGGCAUUAAGGUUUCUGACAUAUUGAUGUUGAAUUGUCAACCAGGCAAACAAGACUGAGGUUUGGGCUAAUAUGUUGCAGAUUGGGACUCGUCAGAUGUUCUUUCUCAUUCUUCUUUCUUUUUGUGCAUAUAAGUUGGUUUCAUAUUUCAUAACCAGUAACUCAUUAUGUUGUCCUUGCAUUAAAUUACUGAUGGCACUUGAAAUCAAGUGCUUGCAAAGCUUAGCUGUUUGUACAGAAAAAAAAGUUUUAGCAUGGCAAACUAAAUCCCAUUAUGGUUGCUGAUGCUGAAAAUGCAUUUCAACAUUCUUCUUGACUCGCAUACUCGGCACAAAGAAACAUUUGGAAGAAUUUCUGAGUGUUCUGACAAACGUAAGAUAAAGUUGAGUUCUGGUCAUGCGAUUGCAUUGUGAAAGAAACGUUGUGAAAUCGAUCAGAAAAGGUUGAUCAUCUAGCAUAUAAGUAUUGGUGUGUACUGAAAGGUUCUGGAAUCAUCAAAAUGAUCAGAAAUUUGGCCCAGUCUUUUUAAAUUUUCAAGUACUGUACACAGGAGGAUGUAUAUGACUACACGAACAUGUGGCGUAAAAAUCUGUCCAGAUUUUUAUGAUGUUACAUGCCGUAUUUAGAAUAUUAAGGCAUUUGGAGAGCCAUGCUUUUCACAGAACAUUUUUUAUCUGAUGUUCUUCCACACUUGCAUAAUACAAUGAUAACGCUCACAAAUUAUUUUUCACCUCUUCCCAGAACUCAACCUUCUCUUUAAGUAGGAGAACAGGUGGACAUGCCAUUGUAAAUAGGUAGAGAUGAGUCCUUGAAUUCAUUUUUUGUCCAAUACCCACCCUAAGCAUGGUGAACACAGCCAUGUACAGAAUCUUGGGGUUAAGAAAAAUGUGAGGGUAUUUUUGUUUUCAGCUGAUAAUCAUGAAAUUCUUUUGUACCAUUUUCCCAGUAAUUUGUGUAGUAUUGCAACCUGAUUAAAGAUGUUGUUCAUACAUAUUUUGAAGAAAA